UGCUUCCAGUUGCGAUUCGAAUCUCCUCAUGAACAGCGAAUUCACAUCAGACUCACAUCGAAAUAAACCGAAUUAAAUACAGCGAGAAAGAAAGAGAGAUUAUUAACCAUUUUAUGUCGCGGUGGCUACCAUAUUCAAGUUGUUCAGUGUUGUUUGUUAUUUUUCAUCGGGAGGGCAAAUAAUGCAAUUUGUUGAAUGAUUUUUGUGUGUUCUUUUGUGUGCUAGUUUUAACGGUUGAAACACUUUUUCUUGCCAUUUCGCACAUUUGCAGUCAAUUGGCGAAUUUGGAACAAUUGUUUUCGGAUGUGGUUUUUAUUUAUUCGACAAUUUCGUGAAGAGUUUUUUUUUCUCUUGUUAACAAUCAACGAAUAAUAACAAACAAUUACAAUAUCGUCAAAUGGACCGUGCGAAAGGUGAACACAGAGAAUAGUUUCAAUGAUCUGAUUCUUUAAUGAUUUUGGUUGAAUGUUUUUUUUUUCUUCAUUUGAUUGAAUUAAAUGUGAAACACAGCGAAAGAAACGAAAUUUUUCAACAAUACUUUCGACGGAAUCAAGUGAGAGUCCAUUCGAUUAUUUCGUUUUAUGCAUGAACGAACAUUUUUAUUCAACUGUUAGUGAAUUAAGUUUGGUUUUUAUCAAUUGAACAAACAUUGAACAUUUCAACAAUUGAAGUAGCAAAGACCUUUGAAUCAUCGACCUGAACAGUUUGCUCUCUAUUCACUCUAGUGACUUCAAAAUUAACAACAAAUUUAUUGAACAGAAAUCAACAGAGGGUAUGUGCGACUAAAUGUUUGUGUGUGUUUGUGUGCUUCAAUCAUUAAAAUUUCAACAUCGUUUCACAUUAAGUGAACAACUCAACCUGGGCAUAAGAACGAAGAAAAAAAUGAAUAUUAAAAAAAAUAUAAACGUAAAGUAGUUUGCAGCGUUAAAACUCUAUAAACUGUGCUCAUUAAAUUUCAUGUCGAAGACAAACUGUGAAAAAAGUUUCCAAGCACGAAGAAAGUUUUCUAGUUUUAUAUCCGAAUCCACAACGACAACGACGACAAAAAAAGACAAGUUGUUUUCUCCUCAUCGAUACGUUGCAUAUGUGCAUCCGGUGCAUAUAACGAUUUUUCUUUUAAUGUCAAUUUGACUCUCGGAUGUUGCUGCUCUGUGCGAAAUUAACUCCCUAUCAUCUUGUAAAAAAAACCGGAAAUUCUUGAUCUGAAAAAAAAGGCAAUUGAUUUUAUUUCGGAAUUGAAAAAAACGCAUCAAAAUUUUUAUCACAUAAAUCGACGAAGUGAAAAUGAUGUUAUAGAGGUUUUUCUCAAGUUUUGAAAAGAACUGAAAAUUGAUUUGUGUUAAUACUUUCUUGUUCGUGAAAAAGUAAAUUCAGUACAAAAUGUCUGAUAAAAAUAAUCGUAAAUUCGGUGUUAUUGGCAUUCUAUUCUUGUGGGCAUUCGAGGCUGUUAAAGAAUUUAUAGAGAUUGUAAGUAAGAAAAUUGAGGGAAGAACGAUUUCAACGUCGACUGCGCUGAAAUUCGUAUUAGCUCGCAAAUUGGAUGUACCACGCGCAGUGGCACUAUUCGAGGAACAUUUAUUAACUCGAAAAGUGGAAGAUCUUGAUAAUAUCGAACCAAUGUCAGAUCCAUUGCGCACGGAAUUAGAAACAGGCAAAUUCACAAUACUCGCGGGACGUGAUUCGAGUGGUGCAGCUAUUGCUUUGUUCACCGCCAACUUACACAAUCCAAAAGAAGUAACACAUCGUACAACAUUACAAGGUGUUAUUUAUCAGUUGGACGCCGCUUUACAGAAUAUCGAUACACAAAAGGCAGGCUUAGUAUUCAUCUACGAUAUGAGCGCCUCAAAAUACUCCAAUUUCGACUAUGAACUGUCACAGCGAAUUUUAAAUUUACUCAAAGGUGGCUAUCCAGCUCGUUUGAAAAAAGUAUUGAUUGUUACUGCACCGUUGUGGUUUAAGGCGCCGUUCAAAAUAUUGCGUUUAUUUGUGCGUGAAAAAUUGCGUGAACGUGUAUUUACCGUUUCAAUUCCACAAUUAAGUUUGCACGUUCCACGAGAUACAUUGCCAAUCCAUCUUGGUGGUACACAUCAAAUAAAUCAUUCCACAUGGUUGCUACAUUGUCACAAAUCGAUGACGAAUCGUGAAGACGAACACACAGCCAAUAUUGGUGAGCAAUUGCCAUCAUCGCAAAGUGCAUCACCAACAAAAGAAAACAACACCAACACCAAUUGCACAGCCAGCAACAAUUUAAAUGGUAACGCCAAUGGUACUGUUGAUGACGUUGAAUUAGUUAGUGUUGUUGAUCCACAAUUGAACAAUCAAAACAAUGGCAGCGGCGUCAGUGACAUUAGCACCGAUACAAAAAUCACACAGAGCAAUAAUGAUGACACAGCCCAUGUUAGUAGCAAUGGUGAGCCGAUAAGCGAAAUGUGGUCCGAAAAUCCACCGAGCAGUGCAUCGUCUGGUUUCAGUGAUGACGAUAGUUUGGCAUGUACGGAAGGCGAUCCAAAAACAAUUGAACAAAUCGUUCAGAUGGUGCGCGAUCUUGGCCGUGAUGGUUUGGCAAAAGAAUAUUCGGAAAUUCGUGCACGGGCACCGGAUGGUACAUUUCAACAGGCUCGUUUACGAUCCAAUUUAGUGAAAAAUCGUUACACAGACGUUUUAUGCUAUGAUCAUAGUCGAGUAGUUUUAUCAAAAUUGAAUGACGAUACCACAUCCGAUUAUAUAAAUGCAAAUUUUGUCGAUGGUUAUAAACAAAAGAACGCAUAUAUUUCCACGCAAGGACCAUUGCCGAAAACGUCUAGUGAUUUUUGGCGAAUGGUUUGGGAACAACACACAAAUGUUAUUGUGAUGACAACACGAGUUAUGGAACGGGGCCGAGUGAAAUGCGGCCAAUAUUGGGAAACGAAUGUUGAUGGUGUUGGACAAUACGAUAAUUUCCGCAUUAAAACAAACCAUGUCGAUUCAAAGGAAGACUAUACCGUCGUCUCACUAGAGCUUACUAAUUUAAAGACUGAUGAAACACGAAAAAUAUCGCAUUGGCAAUUCACAAGUUGGCCUGAUUAUGGUGUGCCAAGCAGUGCGAUGGCAAUGAUAAACUUUUUACAAAGAGUUCGUGAGCAACAAGCACAAAUGGUUAGAGAACUCGGCGAUAAAUGGAAUGGCCAUCCACGUGGACCUCCGAUCGUCGUUCACUGCAGCGCCGGAAUAGGAAGAACUGGUACAUUCAUCACACUAGACAUAUGUAUAGCUCGUUUGGAAGAUGUUGGUACGGCCGAUAUAAAAGGAACGGUGGAAAAAAUUCGAUCUCAGCGCGCCUAUUCAAUACAAAUGCCGGAUCAAUACAUUUUCUGUCACUUAGCUUUAAUCGAAUAUGCCGCGUCACGCGGAAUGCUCAAAACGGCCGAUUUGCCUGUCUUUGAGGAACGGGAAGAUGAAUCCGAGUAAACAUUCACACAAACACAUUAAAAACGCGUGCAGUCAAUCCAAUUACAACAUCCAUCAGCGCCCGAUACACACAAACAAUGUUAAACGAACAAAUAAUCGUUUAGGAUAUUUCUGAACAUAUAUUUCAUUAAUACAAGACUAUCGAUCGAAAUUUACUAUCGUAGAUCCAAAUCGUAUUUUCAUUUCACUUGAAAUUUGUAUUAAACAAUUACUAUACUACAAACACUUUUAAGAUCUAGUGAGAUAGGCAUGCGAUUUAUUUAACUAUUGUAAUGUGUAUAAUCGGGUUGCGUUAAUUAGAAGAGAAAUAAAAACCAACAAAAACUGAAGCGAAAGAAACAAGAUAGCAAAACAAAAAGUUUAUAAAGAGUGAUUCGGAAUGAAGUGAUUUUCAUUUCAUAUGUAAGUUGUACAAAGAAGCAUUUUAAAGCUCUAAAGCAUCGCAUACAAAAUAGAAAACGAAAUAUUGUAACUUCAGAUAUAUUGUAAUUUAUUAAUUGAAAAAGCUCAUAUCAUUUAUCGAAAUAUUUAAAUUUCGAACGCAGAUACAUUGUUUGAAAGACAAAAUGAUUUACAAAGAAAAAACAUACACAAAAAUGAGAAAAAAAACAUGGUUUCUUUUUUUCUCUUGUGAAAAAAGUUUUACUACUUUUUGACUAAUUCUUUUUUAAUUUAGAGCUAAAUAUCUUUCCCUCCCGACGCUGUUUAAGUCUUGAAAUUUCUUUGUAUGGCCAUAACGAAUGAAUGACAUCAUUAAAUAAUUCUAUUUUUUGUAUUUUUAACAUAAUCGACAUUAUUUGUAAACAUUUAGACCAAGUUUUUCUUUAAUUUUUGUUUCUCUCUUGCUCAUCAAUUGUUAUCACACACGAAAAAUAUAACAUAAUUAUAUUUAUUUUGACACAUAAUUAUAUCAGUCCAUAACAAACACACAUACAAAUAUGACGUCAAUGUCAUCUUGGAUUGGCACUAGAAUUGUAGAAUUUAAAAAAAUGGUGAAAAUAUAUGAAGAAUGAAACACAAAAAAAAAAAAAAAAA